CUGUGCAGGUGUCACGAUGAAGCUCAUGGAUGAAGUGGCCGGGAUUGUGGCUGCACGCCACUGCAAGACCAACAUCGUCACAGCUUCCGUGGAUGCCAUCAAUUUCCACGACAAAAUCCGGAAAGGCUGCGUCAUCACCAUCUCUGGACGCAUGACCUUCACGAGCAAUAAGUCCAUGGAGAUUGAGGUCCUGGUGGAUGCUGACCCUGUGGUGGACAACUCACAGAAGCGGUACCGGGCCGCCAGUGCCUUCUUCACCUACGUGUCCCUGAACCAGGAGGGCAAGCCACUGCCUGUACCUCAGCUUGUGCCUGAGACCGAGGACGAGAAGAAGCGCUUUGAAGAAGGCAAAGGCCGCUAUCUGCAGAUGAAGGCGAAGCGACAGGGCCACACAGAGCCGCAGCCCUAGGAGUCUUCCUCCUGCCCUGGGGUCAGCUCACUGUGGCAACCGGCCCAUGUGCAGUCACUUAGAAGUAGCCCCCAUGGCCAAACCCCAAUUUCCAUUGAGAGCUGGUGUUGUGUGGUGUUGUGUGGCAGUGUUACCUGUGCACCAAAGCUUUAUUUAUAUCCCUCCAGUAACUGCUCCCCAGUGUUGUCCCCAAGGCCACCACGGACACCAGAGCACACUGAAUGGUCUGUGAAGAAACCAGCACCACUAAUAAAGCUGCUGUCUGGCUGGACCCAUGA